AUGACUACCAUGCAAAAAGUGUUUGAGGGCUACCACUCCCGGCAAGCCGUGCUCGCAACGAGCAAGAAUCCUUUUGCCAACGGCGUCGCCUGGGUGGAGGGUGAGCUCACCCCACUUCACCAAGCUCGCAUUCCAAUCCUAGACCAAGGCUUCAUGCACAGCGAUCUGACCUACGAUGUUCCUGCGGUGUGGGAUGGCCGCUUCUUCCGUCUCGACGACCAUAUUACUCGCCUCGACAACAGUUGUGCGAAAAUGCGACUGAAGCUACCCCUUCCACGAGAGGAAGUGAAACGUAUCCUCGUUGAUAUGGUAGCCAAGAGCGGAAUCAAGGAUGCCUUCGUUGAGAUCAUCGUCACUCGCGGCCUGAAAGGUGUUCGCGGAACCGACCCAAAAGAUAUUACCAAUAACAUAUACAUGUUCAUUCAACCCUACGUCUGGGUCAUGGAGCCAGAAGAUCAACCCGGUGGAGGCAGCGCCAUCAUCGCGCGCACUGUCCGACGUACACCUCCUGGCUCAAUGGAUCCGACCGUCAAGAAUCUCCAAUGGGGUGAUCUCACCCGCGGACUCUUCGAGGCCUCCGACCGUGGGGCAACUUACCCCUUCCUGACGGAUGGUGACACCAACCUCACUGAGGGGUCUGGAUUCAAUGUUAUCCUAGUCAAGGAUGGCGUUCUGUACACCCCCGCCAGAGGAGUCCUUGAGGGUAUCACCCGCAAGAGCGUCAUUGAUGCUGCUAGAUUGAAUGGUCUUGAAAUCCGAGUUGAACUUGUCCCCAUUUCAAUGGCCUACGAUGCGGAAGAGAUUUUCAUGUCCACAACUGCUGGUGGAAUCAUGCCAAUUACUAGCUUGGAUGGUCGGCCUGUGAAGGAUGGAAAGGUCGGUCCAAUCACCAAGAAGAUCUGGGAUACUUAUUGGGCCAUGCAUUAUGAGGAUGACUAUAGCUUUGAGAUUUCGUAUUAG